ACGAUUGGAUCGCGCAUUUCAUCAGGACAAAUACCAUAGUCCACUCUGGGACAACUGUGUGUAAUAGGCAAUUUGCCCAAGACGAUCCCUUCUUGGCCAUCGACUUCACCAUGCGCAGACGGCCAACCCUCCUCUUCUUGCUCCUGACCUUCCUCUCCUCUCUCUCCGUCUCUCUCGCUGCCUCAAGAACUUCCUUUUGCAAAUGCACCUGUUUCGGCAACAGUACCAUUGUAGCGCUGGAUGCGCCCACUCCCCCUAAGAAGCCGGCCGCCGCCGAACUCAAGCCCCGCGCCUCAAGGAAGACGUGCAACGACUGCAAUCGCCAAUUCUGCCUCGGAUAUAGUUUCUGUACCGGAGAGAAGGAGGAGAACGUCUUGACAACGUGCUUCCAGAGAGAUUCGGCCAAGGAUCAGGCCGUUGUCUUUGUCUUCAUCGGCGCGACUGUGGGACUGUUGACCUGGGCGGGCGUGCGGCCUUGGGUCGAGGGCUGGAGAGAGGUACGUCUGAAAGCUUGA